AUGGCCACGAGCGACGACGAACAUUUCCAUCUGUACGAGGUGUUUCAGAAUUGUUUCAACAAAAUAGCCAACAAGCAGCCGCCUGAAAAGGCCGGCUACCAAUCACCAUAUGGCGGCAUGGACAAUGGUGUGUACGCUCCGGAGGAAUACACGCACGAGAGUCCGGUUUCGGGCGGGCAGCGAUAUACGUCACCGAAAACGGGUGGCGCACUGUACCAACCGGAACCGUACUACGAUUCGCCCGGCGGCUCCUGGUAUCCGUCGUCGUCGAGCGGAGCGUAUGCGCCACAUUCCGGCACGGGUUACCACAACGUAGGCCACGGUGCCCAUCUCGGUGGUGGUGCUGGUGGACCACAGCACAACCAUGACCAGUAUGCCAUGUCACCGGUCGGCGUCCCACACAUGGAUGGUGGCCAUCUUUCACAGAAUCAAACGCAAACACUUCCACCGAUGAGCACGUUCCGAGGCAAUAACGCACAAAUACCGGCUAUUGGUACGCAGGGCCAGAACUCACCCGCAAUCUACAACGCAAUCGCUGCCGGCCAUCACAAUCAGCAUGCGCAACAUAGUCCAAUUGUACAAAACGACACCCUGGUCGGCAAGGCACUGCAGACGAUGUACCCAACCGAUCAGAGCAUUAGCAGUUACGGUUCCAAUCCCAACACACCAGUGAACUCACCUCCACCACUAACGUCCCAGCAGCAGGCACAGCAACAAGUUCAACAGCAGCAGCAACAGUCCCAGCAAACGACACAGCAAAGUAUUCAUGCCGCCGGUACGGUGCCGGGCAGUGCGAGUGGUGGUGGUGGUGGUGGUCCCGCUUCCGUCAGCGUUGCAUCGGCGGCCACUGCGGUGGUGGCAGCAGCGGGCGGUACCUGGCAGCAGAUCAAUCCGGUGAUCAGCAGCAACGGUGGCGGUUCGGCCGUGCUCAACAGUCUAUCGAACGGUUCCUAUGCUCCCGAGUUAGUGCAUCGAGGUCUACCACAUAUGGCCAAUUCCCCCGAGAUACAGCCGCUAGACGAGGCGAUCGUGUCGUUACUAAGAGAGCAUGAAAACGUCACGUCCUUGCAAGGGUCACGCAUGGAGGAACGGCUGGACGAUGCCAUCAACAUUCUGCGGAAUCAUUGCGAACCGCCGGUCGGUGUAUCGCUGUCAUCAAUCGACCCUGCCGCCACCGUUUCGCCGUACUCGACCGGCAGUGCGCCGAUCAUUCCACCUUCCUCCCAGCUGCAGCACGACGCACCGGCCGAACUUUCCACCGUCCCCGUGAAAACGGAACGACUCCCCGGCAGCGGCCCAGUGUCCGUGAACAACAUUUAUCAUUUAUCUUCAGAGAAACGUAAAGAACCUCCAGAUUCCGAUACCAAACCGAGCAGCUCCGUGCAGGGAACGGCGAAAGGUGCCAAACGGCAGCGCAAGUAUAGUAAAACCUCGCGCAGUUGUUCUAGUGCUGACGACGACGAUGACGAUGAUGAUUUGGAUCCGCUCGCGAAGGAUCGGAAGGAGAGGGAGCGAAGGCAAGCCAAUAACGCUCGGGAAAGAAUUCGUAUUCGGGAUAUUAACGAAGCACUGAAGGAAUUGGGACGCAUGUGCAUGUCUCAUCUGAAAUCAGACAAGCCACAGACCAAGCUGGGUAUACUGAAUAUGGCUGUUGAAGUGAUAAUGACGCUUGAACAACAAGUGCGAGAGCGGAAUCUAAACCCAAAAGCGGCAUGCUUAAAACGACGAGAAGAGGAAAAGGCUGAGGACGGUCCCAAGCUACCUCCGCAUAUCCUACAUCAAUCAGCCUACCCUGCGCUACCUGGUGCUCCGCCAAGUCUACCGCAUAGUGGACCACCACAAUAG